UGAUUUGUAAUACCAGAAAGGGAAGGCGGUGUUUCUGACUGUGGUAACUAGUGACGACCUCCUCCGCUCUGCCAUUUUGGUUUUGUUCACCGUCUUGCAGUCAGCAACGCGAUUACACACGACUCAUCCAGUGACUCGACAUUAUAGCCCGAAGCCUUUCAACCCGCACUCUCUUUCUAACAAUCAUCCAACUACAAUCAUCAUCAUCAUCGUUGUAAUUAUUGCCGUUUAAAACGAGCCGCACUAGAGGAGCGGUUUGCACUGAGAAGGGGACAGAGAAGGAUUAUUGAUGUCCAGCUCGCCGCUGUCCAAGAAGCGUCGCGUGUCAGACUCCGAGACGAAGACGGGAUCCCACUGCUCCUCCUCUAACUCUGUCAGAACUGAACUGUCUCACACCCCCACCAACGGCAUGGCUAAGAAUGGCAAUGAUGCUGAGAUCGAUGAAGGCCUGUACUCCAGACAGCUCUACGUGUUGGGCCAUGAAGCUAUGAAGCGCAUGCAGCGCUCCAGCGUCCUGGUCUCAGGGCUGAGAGGGCUGGGCGUGGAGAUCGCUAAGAACGUCAUCCUGGGAGGAGUGAAGAGUGUUACCCUGCACGACCAGGGACAGGCCGAGUGGAGAGACCUCUCCUCACAGUUCUACCUGCGUGAGGAGGACCUGGGGAAGAACAGGGCUGAGGUAUCUCGGACUCGCCUGGCUGAACUCAACAGCUAUGUACCUGUAGUAGCCUACACUGGAGCCCUCGUCGACGACUACCUGACUCAGUUCCAGGUUGUGGUCCUCACCAACUCCCCUCUAGAGGAGCAGCAGCGCGUUGGAGACUUCUGUCACAGUAACGGCAUCAAGCUGGUGGUCGCUGACACGCGGGGACUCUUCGGACAGCUCUUCUGUGACUUCGGAGAGGAGAUGCUGGUGAUCGAUACCAACGGAGAGCAGCCUCUCUCUGCCAUGAUCUCCAUGAUCACCAAGGAUGCUUCAGGCGUGGUGACAUGUCUAGACGAGGCUCGCCACGGGUUUGAGAGCGGAGACUUUGUGACCUUCACCGAGGUCCAGGGCAUGACGGAGCUCAACGGCUGCCAGCCAGUAGAAAUCAAGACCCUGGGCCCCUACACCUUCAGUAUCUGUGACACCACAGGGUUCUCCGACUACGUGAGGGGAGGCAUCGUCUCUCAGGUCAAGAUGCCCCAGAAGGUGACCUUCAAACCCCUGACUGCAUCAAUGGCAGAGCCAGAGUUUGUGCUCACAGACUUUGCUAAGUUUGAGCGACCAGCACAGCUUCACCUGGGCUUCCAGGCUCUACACAGCUACCAGAGGAAACACCGCAGGCUUCCCAAGGCCUGGUGCCAGGCUGAUGGAGAGGAGUUGGUGUCCCUGGCUAAAGAGGUGAACUCCAGCCAGACCGGGUCAGCCAAGGUGGACGAGCUGGAUGACAAGCUCAUUAAGAAACUAGCCUUUGUCUCCGCCGGCGACCUGGCACCACUCAACGCUUUCAUAGGUGGACUGGCCGCACAGGAAGUUCUGAAGGCGUGUACAGGGAAGUUCAUGCCCAUAAUUCAGUGGCUGUAUUUUGAUGCUCUGGAGUGUCUGUCUGAGGAAGAGGGUGGAGCCAUGCUCACUGAGGAGGACUGUGCCCCUAGGAACAGUCGUUAUGACGGCCAGAUCGCUGUCUUUGGCUCCCAGUUGCAAGAGGAGUUGGCUAAACAGCGCUACUUCCUGGUUGGGGCUGGCGCUAUUGGCUGUGAGCUGCUGAAGAACUUUGCCAUGAUUGGAUUGGCCAGCGGGGAGGGUGAGGUCAUUGUGACAGACAUGGACACCAUAGAGAAAUCCAACCUCAACAGACAGUUCCUCUUCAGGCCGUGGGAUGUGACCAAGAUGAAGAGCGAGACAGCGGCCGCGGCGGUGAAGCAGAUGAACCCGUCUAUUCGGAUCACGGGACACCAGAACCGCGUCGGGCCCGACACAGAGCGAGUCUACGAUGACGACUUCUUCGAGAGCCUCCACGGAGUCGCCAACGCUCUGGACAACGUCGACGCACGUAUGUAUAUGGACCGGCGGUGUGUCUACUACAGGAAGCCCCUGUUAGAGUCCGGUACUCUGGGCACCAAGGGAAACGUUCAGGUGGUCAUCCCCUUCCUGACAGAGUCAUACAGCUCCUCCCAGGCCCCGGAGAAGUCCAUCCCCAUCUGCACACUGAAGAACUUCCCCAACGCCAUCGAACACACACUGCAGUGGGCUCGUGAUGAGUUCGAGGGUCUGUUUAAACAGCCAUCAGAGAAUGCCAUGCAGUACCUCACAGAUGCUAAGUUUCUGGAGAGGACCCUGAAGCUGCCCGGGGCCCAGCCUCUAGAGGUGUUGGAGGCUGUCUAUAAGAGUUUGGUGACUGACUGCCCUCAGAGCUGGGCGGACUGCGUCACCUGGGCUCGGCACCACUGGCAGUGCCAGUACAGCAACAACAUCUGUCAACUACUGCACAACUUCCCCCCAGAACAGCUGACCAGCUCUGGCGCCCCCUUCUGGUCCGGUCCAAAGAGAUGUCCUCACCCUCUAGAGUUCAGUACCAGCAACGACCUCCACAUGGACUAUGUGAUGUCAGGAGCCAACUUGUUUGCCCAGUCGUACGGCAUGCAGGGCUCCACCGACCGUGUCGCCGUGGCUCAGAUCCUGGACAGCCUAUCGGUGCCCACCUUCGUCCCCAGGUCAGGGGUCAAGAUCCACGUUUCCGACCAGGAGAUGCAGAGCGCCAACGCCAACGUCGAUGACAACAGGUUGGAGGAACUGAAGACUCUGCUGCCUGGACCGGAAGCUUCGUCUCACUUUAAACUCACUGCCAUCGACUUUGAGAAGGAUGAUGACUCUAAUUUCCACAUGGACUUCAUCGUGGCGGCGUCCAACCUACGAGCAGAGAACUACCACAUUCCCCCUGCUGACAGACACAAGAGUAAGCUGAUAGCUGGGAAGAUCAUUCCUGCCAUAGCGACCACCACGUCGGCGGUCGUAGGUCUGGUCUGUCUGGAGCUCAUCAAGAUCGUUCAGGGACACAAGAAGGUGGAGUCGUUUAAGAACGGCUUCAUGAACCUGGCGCUGCCCUUCUUCACCUUCUCAGAACCCAUCGCUGCUCCCAACCACAAGUACUAUGACAUUGACUGGUCUCUGUGGGAUCGGUUUGAGGUGAAGGGUCUGCAGCCCAAUGGAGAGGAGAUGACUCUCCGACAGUUCCUGGACUACUUCAAGAAGGAGCAUCAGUUGGAGAUCACCAUGCUGUCUCAGGGCGUCUCCAUGCUCUACUCCUUCUUCAUGCCUGCAGCCAAACUGAAGGAGAGACUGCUGUUACCGAUGACAGAGAUAGUGACCAAGGUGUCUAAGAAGAAGCUGGGGAAGCAUGUUAAAGCCCUGGUGUUUGAGUUGUGCUGCAACGACCUGACUGACGAAGAUGUGGAGGUUCCCUACGUCAGAUACACCAUCCGCUGAACACACACUGGCCAACCACCGAGGGAGAAGGCUUUGGAUAAGGCACUUGGUUUAAAUGGUUAUUGGAGCACUGAUUGGUUGAGAGGAUGAGUCCAAAA